UUUGAGCGUGUUAUAACCUCUUUCGUUUAGUACAAACCUCAUUCAUGUAUAUGUAUAUUGUUACUGGCCAGUGUUAAGAAAAAAAUCACUUAAGCUGCCUGUGGGUUGCAUAUGCAAGAGACGGAUGAGACUGCUGUUAUAGAAGUUCUAAAACAUGCCAAGGGUCAAGAGAUUGUUGUAAGGUUACAAUUGUACAGGCUAUGGAUAAUACUGGUGACUGUACAAAUGUUCCCCUUCUGUUUGGACAAUUAAGUAAAUCGUUCCUAACUUUAUAAAUGCCUGCGUACCUUAAUUUUGCUACUGUAUGGGGAUUAUAUAAAUGUAUAGAUGUAUUUUAAAGUGAUAUAUCAAAAUCAACCAAACUCGUUUUUCCUGUUCUCGGGAUCCUCAUACAUUCUGCAAGCUGUCCAACACCAUGAUGCGCUACAUGUACAUAGCAAUGCUUUCAGACACAAAUACCUAGACUGUGCCUUUGUUAACAAGUUUAGGGCGUUGAAAGAUAUUUAUGGUGACUGGGGCAAUGCAUCGUUCGAUAUAUUUUCGCUUUUAUUCCUGAAAUUGUCCUAUGUAUACAAGCAAAAAAUAUUUCUUUGUGAAAGAAGUUUACCUGCUCCCGAUAUACAAACGUCGAUACAUUAUUGCCAAUCUAAUAUUAAAUUGUACGAAAUGGUUUGUGAGUACAUUGUGUUCUGGAACUUUCUAGGAGUACACGAAUAUGUAUAUACGACCUACCGCACCGGUGCGAUGGGGUGUGCUUCGUAGAGGGCGAGGCUUUCACUUCAGUCCGCUCUCUAAAGCGCAUGUGGAGAUGAUGGGGCUAUAUAUAGUAGUACUAAGGCUGUCUUCGGUUCGCAGUGGCUACUCCAGUAAAUUGAACGAAAUGAACUGGCACAGAAAAAAAGACGCGGAAUACGAUCGAGUUACAUUUCCUUGCUGGAAUCAUGUGAAGUCACUAACAGCCUCUGACUGCUGGCUGUCGCUGACAAGUCAUUCAAGCAGAUACACAUAUGACCUGAGACAUGAAAGACGCCGAGCCGAAAGCUGGAAGCGAAUAUAGCAGAUGUACAGCCUUUACAUUGAGCAGCGGGAUGGAGUGGGCUUCUCACCCGGGUGAAAUCUAGCAGGCGUUUAUCAACAAAGACUGGGGUUGAAUCAAAAUACAAAGGUGAGACUCGGCAAAUGCAGCGUCCACUUACAUUAUAGGAUCACCAAAACCGGCCUGUAUAUCAUCGAAGAUGAGAUGAAUUUUGUGUGUGUGUACAUUGUUUUUUGGACGAACGUACAUGUUAUAAUGGCACAAAUAGGCCCAUAGAAUAUAGAUCUCCGGACAUUUGCAACGAUGUAUUACAAUAGUCCAAUUUAUUGUAUUGCUACAGUUCUGUGGUUUUACCCAAAAUGACAGGCGCACGUAAACCAAUCAUGGCGUCUAUAUUAACGGUACGACACAUAGCCUAAUGCAUUCAGUUAGAGCUGUGCGUAUUGAUGGUUUGAUUAGUUGUAUUAUUGUUGCUAUGGUGUUAAGUUUUACGCUUUACUUUUAGAUGUGAAAUGUUUGGUUAAUGUUUUCCAAGACUUGGAAUCACCACGUGUUGGUAUAUGAAAGGUUAAGAGUUCAUUUUGUCAAAGGACAUUUGAUUGGUUGAUAACAAUAAGGGCGUUUCCACGACAGCCAAUCGAUAACUCAUUUACAACAUCUCACGACAGUAAUGUUUUGAAAUUUCCAAGGCGCUAAACCUUCAAAACAAACCGCCCCAUUCACAAUUUUGAUCCAUGUGGCGGGAUAUUUUCAGAAACUAGGACACGAGACUGCUUAUUCAGGCGGGAAUUGCAUGCAUUAGAGUCGUUGUUUAGACCCGAACGCUUCCCCCUGUGCGGCGAUGAACAUUUUACACUCUUGCAGUAAGUUAGCCUAUAGUUACGAGCUCUACGUUACCGGAAAGAUCAAAAUGAAUACUUUCAGUUUAACGUGAAGCCAAAGAUAGAAUCGACGGUUAGUCCAACUGUUAGUGUUGAUCGAUUAAUGUAGGUUUUCCACUGAAGAAGCCAAGAGACAAUCGUCAGAAUGAACACAGGCGAAAAUCUCACGCCAGCUAAUCACCAACAACCACAACAACAUAUACUAGGCAACUCGGGCCAUAACAAGCAGACGAGCCAGUGUUUUGUUGUUGAUCCGGACUUCCGCAGAAACACUAGGAAACCAGGGCCAACUAAAAGUGAAUCCCUGCAAGAAGCAUUUCUCAAGUUUCGUCGAAAUCGGCAGAUAAAUUCUGCAAAGAAUGAAAUCCGACAAAACCAAGAGAUGAAGUUGAAGAAGUUACAGGAGGCUGGUGACCCAGCCAAGAUGGAAGCUCUACGUAAAAUGUUCCUGCAGCAAGCCAAGAAGUACUUCGGAGUUCCCUAUGCAAGAAAAUAUUGGGGACCUGAAGAUCCGGAGUAUGAGUCUCCGCUGUUCCUGGACUGUUGUGGUUUGGUACGCCAGGUCAUGAGGGACUUGGCUGAGGACUUUGGUUUCCAGAUUGGUUCCUGGAACCAGGCUUACAUGUACGAUACUCUACCCAUGGUUCUGACAGAGCAACAGAUGAAGCCAGGCGACCUCGUCUUCAUAUCAGCUACCUACUUUAACCCCAAAGCAAAGCGGCAGCGUCAUGAUAUGGUUCAUGUUGAAAUUUGGCUGGGUGACGGUCCCAAAACCAUUGGUGCUCGUUGGCAGAAGGGAAAGGUUCAAAUCUUCCCACACUAUGCCUUUGAAGCCAAAAGCUACCAUUCUCCAACCUACCAUUUCCGGUCCAUAGACACAUGGCUGAGGGGGAUAUGUCAUAGCUAUUGCUCACAGCAUCCUUGGAGGAAGACUUCUUAUGACCCCAACAGACAUUCCAUUUUUGCCAUAGAUGAUGAAAGUGAAGACGACGAAAGUGCUGGUGAUACAGAUGAUGAACUUGUGCAGGACACAUCCAGGAACAGCCAGCCACUGAAUCAGGUCACCAGCAUAUCCUCUGGAGUGACUGACUUAGAUUUGGCUGAGGACAUAAGAGACGAUAAUGGUUGUCCUGGUGGUAGUAGUGAGAUUCUCCUACCAGAGUCUUCAACCAAUGAGAAUAGGACACCCAGGGCACUGGCCAAUCUGAUGUACUCUUGUGGGAAGAAUUCACAGGGUUGUGAUUGUAGUGUUGAACAUCAGACGUCAAAAACUGUGCCUGAGAACUUGAUGAGCUUUUGUGAAGGCUGUAAUCAGUGUGCAGGUGAAGCGGGCUGUGUUCGCCAUUUCUAUCCUGUACGCACAUCACAAAGUUGCACACUAGACAACAAUGACGAGGAUAAUAUUGCAAAAGGUAAUGAAGGUCAAGAUUCCGGGGCCAAUAAAGAUGACAGUGUUGAUGUGGGAAAUGGUGGAGGAGGGGCAAAACGAGGGGGCGAUGUCCGCCGAAACCAGCCUGCAAAAACAAGUGGUAAAAUACCCAUGGUGUACAGCUUGGCCCCCAAUAUGCAGCCAACAUUCUAUAUAGGAGGGGGCAAUGGUGUGGCUCUAGUUGAAGGACCUCUGUGUGCAAUGGGAUGGAAGAGAAUUCCAGACAAAAACAACGAGAACUUCAGACUACGCUGGGUCGAAUGUAAAAGCAAAAUCAACUACAGUGCUUUCAGAGAGGGUGAACAGUUAGUCAACCACAUUCCAAACUGCCAAUUAUUGACCAAUAAGCUUGGGCUGAUAAAUAGUCUGCAGGAGUAUGAGAGGGUUACCAUGACAACAAAAGGCAGACCCCCACGAUUGAGGAUGAACGAUUUUGUUCCAGAGACUUACAGACUUGAUGAAAAAAAUGACAGGGAAACUUUCCUAAACACUUACAAAGAGGGUGAGAUCUGGAUCUGUAAGCCAACGGGCCUGAACCAGGGGAAGGGCAUCUACCUGAUCCGAAGUAAGGAGGAGAUAACUCGGGGUCUGGAGGAGCGCGACCAGGCGCAGCAGCAGAGACGCAGCAGUACUAAGCCGCUCAUGUCCAGGGUCAUACAGAGGUAUAUUCAGCAUCCAUUGUUACUGGAUGGCCGUAAAUUUGACAUCCGAGCGUACAUGCUGAUCGCCAGCACGGUGCCUUACCUUGUGCUCUACCACAAAGGUUAUGUUCGACUGUCCUGUCACAAGUACAGCUUUGAGGAUACAGAUCUAACGACUCAUCUUACCAAUCAGUACAUACAGAAGAAAGACCCACAGUACCAGGAUGUUAAAGAGGACACGGCUUGGAGCAUGGACAAGUUUAAUGACUACAUCAAUGAGCAUGUGAUGUCAGAGAAAGGCAUUGAGGAAAACUGGGUGUACAACACACUCACAAAACAGAUGCAGAAGAUCAUGGUACACUGUUUCCAUGCUGUCAAACACAAGCUGCAGUGCAAGAUUGGUUACUUUGAUUUGUAUGGACUGGACUUCAUGAUUGAUGAAGACAUGAAGGUGUCUUUGAUAGAGAUCAACAUUAACCCUAGUCUGGCUACAAACUGUGAGGCUUUGAGAGAAGUCAUCCCUGGGGUGGUGGAGGAAUCCAUACAUCUGACGGUGGAGUGCUUUGAGAAGAGCCGUAGGCACCAAACCUUAUUACCUCUAAAAAGUCUACAGAACAUGGUAAUCCUUCACUGUGGAACGCGUCUGGGUGCUGUGAAGUCACGGACUACACGUAGUGUCUCACCCGGGAAGGAAACAACUUCCGAACGUUCCAAAGCCCUAUCCAAGUCCCAUCAAUCAAACCAGUCCAAUAAGCAGUACUCGCCCUCAUCCACCUCCUUUGCUAAGGACUCUCCGAGCUUUGGAAACAAUGGUGCUUCGCUAUUAGGAAUAAAGAAAUCCUCAAGUGUGCCGUCUGCUGUCUGUAACUCUGUCCCACCUCAGCAGCCAUCUGCAAGAAAAGCCUCAAACAGUGACUCAAUAAAACUGAAGAUGACACAUGGAAACACAGCAGACAAAACUGAUAAAACUAAAGAUACUUCAGAACAUUCAGACAGAGGCAAUUAAUUAAGUGUGGUAUGAGCAAUUCAUCCUGGAGCAGUUGAUGUUUCCCAACAGCAAUUGAAACUC